UAAAAAAGAUAUGUCUAACAACAAAUGAAUCAAAAGUGACCGUCAAAUCAGUCAACAGCAAAAACGAAUGGAAUAACGUAGCAUAAGAGGAGGUUUGUAAAGAGAAAUGGCAUCGAUUGAAGAGCUGCAGAGCUCUAUUCAGCAGUAUGAACUUCAAUUGUUACAGGUCGGUGAGGCAAUAAAAGUGUGUUCAAACGAUACGGAGAAAGCAUCACUGGAGAAUUUAAAAUGUGAUUUACAAGAAAUACUCGAUUUAACGCGUGAGACACUCAAUGAAUUACAAGGCCCAUCAACUAAAACUGAAGAAUUGAACGAUGAAGAGGAUCCAUAUGCGCAAGAAAUGGCCAUUUUCCUGGCCGAACUGAAUGAAUGCAGGACCAGCAAAAGCAACAAUGCAACGGAAAAUUCAAAGAAUCAAGCACCAAGCGAAGUGGAAAAAUUCAAAAAUGAUGUCGACACAAUCAUCGGGAAUAAGUGUUCAGCACCGUUUCAAUUUGCAUGGGGAGCAAAAAGCUAUCAUAAUGCACUGGUUUGCAGUCUUGAAACCGACAUCAACCAGGUAAACUCUAUCGAUGAUGUCAAAGUCAUGGUUUUGUUCACAAACCCAAUUCACCGCAACAUGGUGCCAUGCCCCUACUAUUUAUCGGACGAUAACUGUCGAUUUGAAUCGAAUAAAUGUCGGUUUUCCCAUGGCGAAAGCGUGCGAUACAUAGAUUUAAAGGAGUAUAACAAACCAAACUUUUCACUGCUCAAUCAAAUCAAGCAUCCAGUAUUAGCUAAACAAUCGGAUAACAUUUGGUAUAAGGGACGCGUGGUUUCUAGUGAUUUCAAUGAGAAAACCUGCCAAAUUAAACUCGAUCACUCGAAAAAGGAAGUGAAAUGUGAUUUUCACGACGUUCUACCCAUCGAAGAAGAGACGCCAUUCGUUGCCUCAGACUCUGAAGCGUCGGAAGAAGAUGAUGUUGAGCAAAUUGUAAAAGCAAGUCUAAUUACAAAAAGUCUUUUAACACCGGUAGCUGAUCAGAGGGAGUUGGGAGAGUGGGAGCGGCAUACAAAAGGAUUCGGAUCUCGUAUAUUGCAAAAAUUUGGCUACGUUGUUGGAACGGGAUUGGGCCAGAAUGGCGAAGGGAUAGUGGUACCGAUAAGUGCACAAGUUUUGCCGCCCGGCCGGAGCUUGGAUCAUUGCAUGGCACUGCGAGAGCAAGCAAACGGCGACAAAGAUUUAUUCAGUGUCGAGAAAAAAUUGAAACGUCAACAGGAAAGGCAGGAGCUCAUCAAUGCCAAGGCAUACGAAAGGGAGAAACAAACAAAGGAUAUUUUCAAUUUCCUCAAUCAAAAUAUAUUGAAUAUGCCGAGUACGUCGGGCAACCAGAACAUGGCUAAAGAUUUAAAGCGACCCAAAUUGGACAUCAAGUCACAAACCAAUAAAAAAUUGAAUGUUGAGAGCUUAAAAAUUGGAGAAGACAUUCGCAAAAUGGAAAAAGAAAUCCAGAAAUUGCAUGAAUCAUUGCGUCGACAAAAGGAUGGGACGCAUAUUUCACAACAAUUGAAUAUGCAACUUGAUAUUCGUAAGACCGAAUUGGAACUCAUGAAAAAAUCGGAGAGUGGUAUUCAAAAUGAGCAAACUCUGCGGAAAGACAAGUCAAAACUAACGAUUUUUUAGAACUUUUUUUAAAAAAUGUAACGGUAAAAUUUAAUCGCAAAUGAUAAACUUAACUUAAUAUUAAUUCGAAAUGGAAUAAACAGCCGUUCACAACGAUAAUAAUCAAUUCGAGUUUAA